AUGGGUGAGCAUCGGCCGACGCUGGUCAGGCCGCCGCCGCUGGACGAGUCCAAGGCCCCCAUCGAGAAUGCCCUGGAGCUAACCGAGCUGAGCAUCAUCGGACCCGACCUCUUCACCAAUACGCGCGAGCUCUGGCAUCCUCCCGGCGCGCGGGGAAUCUAUGGAGGUGCCGUGAUCGCGCAGACAUUGGCUGCAGCACAGCGCACAGUACCCCAUGACUUCGUCGUACAUUCAUACCACUGCUUCUUCGUGCUCGCGGGAGACUCGAGCGUGCCGAUCCUGUACCAUGUCGAGCGCGUGCGUGAGGGUCGGUCAUUCUGCACGCGGACGGUGCAGGCACGACAGCGCGGGCACGCCAUCUUCACGGUGACGUGCUCGUUCGUGCGCGAAGGGAGCGGCGGCGCCGAGGCUGUAACGCACGCGGCGUCGCCGUCGUUAGCGGUUGCCGCCCGGCUACUGCGCGACCCGCCGCCCGACGACUACGAGGAUCCGCGGUUCCUGCGCGACGGCCACGCCGCCGACGACCCCUUCCAGACGUGCCGGCGGCGACCUAACGAUGGCGAAGAGGCGGAGGAGGAGGCCCGCCGCCCACCGGAGCAGAAGCGCGUGUGGCAGUGGGUGCGCGCGCGGGGUCGGAUCAGCGAUGAGGGGGGCCUCGCAGCACACCUGAGCGCGCUCGCCUACGUUAGCGACUCGUACUUCAUCGGCACGGUCAGUCGCAUCCACCGGCUCUGGCGCUACCCAGUACCCCUCGAGGACGUCACACGCCUUGACCCGGAGGUGCGGGAGCACCUGCGAGAACUGAACGACUGGGAGGGGUACGGCAAGCUCGAGGAGUACAAGGAUCGGCCGGAAGUGGGGAUGAUGGUUUCUCUAGAUCACUCAAUUUACUUCCACAACCCGAGGAAGGUGCGGGCGGACGAGUGGAUGUUCACCGAGAUGGAGAGCCCGUGGGCGGGCGACGGCCGCGGCGUUGUCACGCAGAAGAUAUACAGCAAGGACGGCACUCUGCUGGCCACUGCUUUCCAAGAGGGCGUCGUACGAUUAAAACAGAAGGGAGAGAAGAAGGGCGAGGAUGGUAAGAAGGGGGGGAGGCCGAAGAAGGAGGAGGAGCAGGAAGAAAAAGUAAAGGCCAAGUUAUAA